GGCGUCGGGCUCGGGGCCGCUGGCGCCCGCGGGCCGGCAGCAGCACUGCACGCAGGUGCGGACCCGGCGGCUGAUGAAGGAGCUGCAGGACAUCGCGCGGCUCAGCGACCGCUUCAUCUCGGUGGAGCUGGUGGACGAGAGCCUCUUCGACUGGAACGUGAAGCUGCACCAGGUGGACAAGGACUCGGUGCUGUGGCAGGACAUGAAGGAGACCAACACGGAGUACAUCCUACUCAACCUCACCUUCCCCGACAACUUCCCCUUCUCGCCGCCCUUCAUGAGGGUGCUCAGCCCCCGCCUGGAGAACGGCUACGUGCUGGACGGCGGGGCCAUCUGCAUGGAGCUGCUCACCCCCCGCGGCUGGUCCAGCGCCUACACCGUGGAGGCCGUCAUGAGGCAGUUCGCCGCCAGCCUGGUCAAGGGGCAGGGCCGUAUCUGCAGAAAAGCUGGCAAAUCAAAAAAGUCGUUCAGUCGAAAGGAAGCUGAAGCAACAUUUAAGAGUUUGGUGAAGACCCAUGAAAAAUAUGGGUGGGUCACUCCACCCGUCUCUGAUGGCUGAUGUUAGCAACCCGCACUUAACAAAAAUGCUGAACAAAAGUACUGUGACAUCUCCUCAGUGCUGUACACCGCCCAUCCUUUUCUACUUCAGCUUCAGUUACAUACCAUGAAUGUCAAGGAGACAUCUAAGUUAUUUAUGAACAGAUGUGUUUACAGAGGGAGAGGAAAAAAAGAUGCUGUUUAGGAUUAUGUUUCAAGACUGGAGAAUGGUCGUCAUUGAAGUCACUUGAGCGGAUGUUGAGAUUGCAUCAUUUGCCCCCAUACAGCCCACAUUGUCUUCAGCUUCUUUCCAUGACAGCAGCACCAAACAGCGGUACUGGAAAGUCUAUCCAUUACUGCUCAGUUCAUUUAAAUGUAAAUGAAGCAGUUAAUAUUUAAUAGGGAAGCAGUGCAUUGCAGGUACAUGUUUGCUGUGCUGUUUAUCUUUGUCUCCUAGCAGGUCAACAUAACUUGAAGAUUUGUCUUUAUGUGGAACUGUGGUCUGCUGUGACUAAAUUUAGACCUCAUUUGUGCUCUAUAUAUGACCUUUAAUUCAUAAAUGAAACAGGAAUUAAAAUGCUGAAAGGUCCUAGUGUUGACAAAUUAUUAAGUGGAAUCACCCAACCGGUUACAAUGUGCUAUCUAUGCUGAUACUGUGACGUGCUGUUCAGAAAUAAAGCAGUGCAGUUAGCUGAAGGUUAGGUGAUUUUUUUUUUUUUUAAACACGUCCACACCAAGGCUUGGAGUGGCUGGUGGUAGCAGAAGCAUAAUUACCCUGCCAGAACCUUCUGCAGUCGCAUGUGGCCCCUCAGUUCUUCAAAACGGCAAAACAAACAAGUGGAAAUGGACAAAGCAACCUUAAAAAUUGUCUGCUUAAUUUUAAAAUGAUUAUGCCAGAAACAGAGUAAAAAUUUUCGAAGCAAAUGAAACAUGGUUUGUAAGAUGAUUUGCAUGACUGGAUUUUUCUUUUUUCUUUUUACUCAAUAGACAUUGUAUGUACUUAGAGCCCAGUAUCUGAGAAAACCCACUGAUGUAUAUAAAUGUCCUAUUAUUUAACCAUUAAGAUUUAAGUUUUCUGGUAAACAAAUGGAAAAACUUUCUUAAGGGACUCCAUGAAAGCUGAAGGUAAAGUUUAGAAUGGUAUAAGAAAAGCAUUAAAAAUGUGGAUUCUGAAUGGAAAAUCGUAUUGGACACAUGCUGAAUAAAAUCACCAGUAUCACUUUUGUUGCCUCAAGAAGUUAAUCAUUUUGGCCAGCCUUUGUAUUCAAGAUACUAGAUUUCCUACGGUGAAAUCACAUGAUGGUGAUAUUUUAAUUGAAAGCAGGACAGUGUCGUUUGUAAGAACCCAAUUUUGGAGGGGGAAAAAAUGCUUGAAAAUGCUUUCCUUGGCAUGUCUAACACAAAGCCAAGUAGAUGUGGUUGACUGGGUUCUGGUUGUGUUGUAGCAGCAGUGGAGACUGUGCAGAGAGAUCCGGGGCUUUGAUGUAGGACUGCACACAACAAAGAAGACCAAAGAGUAACGAAGAAUGGAGGAACAAGAGCACAACUGAAGAAGUAGCAGAGCAGAUAGACGUUCAUGCGGUACUGGUGCAAAACCACUGCUCAGUUCAUCUACUUUGCCAAUGUGGCUGUUUGUCAGCUAGAUGAAGAGGAAGACAAUCAGAGCUUUCACCAAAAUGGCUAUGCAGGUCAGAGCCACACAGUCCUGUGAAUAUGGCUGGUUUCUCACACUUUUCCCUUUUUGCCUCUCUCUUUUUUUUUUCGAUGUGACCAUUUGUGACACCCGCAUGGUGUGCCUUAUGUCAGUUAUAUCCAGAAAUGCUCUUUGCCGUAAAUCUACACAGAUCUUGCUGUGAUUUAUCUCACCCUGUUUUAUACUCAGAGACAAUGCUGUAAUUCAGUGUAUAGAUGCUUUCCCUCUCAAACUGUGUGUCGCUUCUGUGCAUCCAGCUGCAGAAUGUGUCCUUUGAGAGAGGAAUAACAUUUUGAGUAAUUUAGCCAUCCAUUUUUAUGAACGCUUUUUUGCUCUCUGCUAGGAGAGAGGAAACUAGUAUGUUUAGUUAGGCAUCGUAUAAUUUGCAAUCCCUAGUGGGAGUUCCUGAAAAUGUAUAGAGAGAUCUAUCACAGGAAAGCUGGAAAGGUUUAUUUCCUUUCUGAAAAGCUCUUGCCUCAUCAGUACAGUAAAAUACCAUUAAAAGCAGCGUGAAGGUGUGGUGAAAUCUUAGGGGGGAUAUUUCUUUCUCUGCUGUGUUUCAACCUGUCUCAUUUUUUUCUGCCAGUGAGUUAUUCUAAAUCUUCCUGAGAACCGUAUCUUUAAUAUUUAAUUAAAGGGUUAGCUAAAAGGAAGAUUGUGGGUGGAUCGCUACCACUUCCCUCAAACCUACUUAUUAUGUAUCUUCUUAAAUGUGCUUUAAAUAGUUAGAGCAAACAUCGUUGCUAAAAAUCAGAGUUGCUUUCUGCCUGUAGGAGGUUCUUUGUAGCACUCCGAGUCUCAGAGCUGCAGGAGAGGCAAAUCAAAAUCUGAGUGCUUUGAAGCUGUAGCAGAAGGGGAGCAGAGCGCAUGUGAUAAGCUACAGCAACAAAUAGUCCAAGGAAGAAAGAAGCAAAAGUACACUGCACGAACUAGGGCAGGAUGAAGUUCCUGCCGCACCAAAAAUAAAAAUGUUCCUAUUGAAGAGGCAGCUUACAGCAGGAGCAACUUGUGCGAGGGAAAGUGCAGGGAAAAGGGAACAGCAGGGAGCACAGAAGCAUUAUGCUGCUGACCAUGGAGGAAGGCAGAUUGCUAGGAAUGUAGGUAAUUAAGAGAUUUGGAAAGAGGGUUGAACUAUUUUAGGGGAUAUUACAGUAUUGUUAUUGUCUAGCUGUAUCGGUAGUUUAUGCCUCAGCUAUUAAUGAAGAAUAGGUUCUAGUUUUUUCUGUACCCAACAAGCCAAAAAAAAAAAAAAAAAAGAUUGAGAAAAUCAGGAAAGGAAGGUUUGUGACAGAAAGGGAGGGAGCAAGAUCUAGGACAGAGAGAGAGAGAGAAAUAUAAAGUGAGGAGAAUGUAAUCAGACAGCUGAAACACCGGAGGGAAGAAGCCUGAUCACGGAAGGGGAUAAAACAAGGAAUCAAGGGAGGAGAGUACAGCAUGAUAGCAGGAGUAGGCAUCAGGCAGGGGUGUCAGACAGCCAUUUACAUAGGACCUCCUGCAGAGCUGCUCCAGGUGCCUUUAUGUUGAGGGAGCUUCAGUGAAAAAGGUCCUGUAAUGUCCUUUUUGCUUCCAUCCUAGAAAGUGAUGCCUGCUUCUCCACGCUCUAUCCUCCUCCUGGCAACUGAGAAGGAUGACAAGUUUUGGAGCUGUGGUGUGAAACUUGAAUCGGGCCAUCAGCUCACUUUCAUGGCUGAAAAAUAGAUCAAGUGUCAUUCCAGAUCCUAAACUUGGGGAGGCCAAAAUCAAAAUAGAUUGCCAGUCUUCUGCUUUAUCGAAGCUUCUCAGUAGUCAAGAAGUGGCAGCACUUCUUUUGCUUACAGUAAAUGUCAGUAUUCCCACUUUACAUAGUCCAAAAACUCCUCAGGGCUUCUUGUGAAAUCAACAGUCAACACAGGUCCUCCAGUUCUCAUUAGACCCAUUUAAUCAAGAAUAUUAUUUUCCAUCUGCUGCCCCCAGAACAGAUGAUUAAUUUGAAAGUAGCAUCUGGGGAGGUGUGAAAUGACAUUAGGAAAUUGCUUCCUGUCUAUUUUAGAAUGUGUCCUUUUGGAAGACCUUCUUUAAGUCUGGAAAAGCUACUCAGCUGAAUGCAGGCAUGGGAUGAAGAAAGCUUAUGGUAAAGGGAGGAAGUUGGCUGUGAACAUCUAAAUGCUGAAGGAUCUCCACAAAGAACAGAGCUGAUGAUUUAUGUGGGAACAUGGUGCACAUUAGGAAUUUGUCCUAAGAGCUCUAAAAUCAAAACCACAGCACUCAAAGACCUCUUGAGCUUGCCUUGUUUUCUCUCCCAAAGGCAGUUUCUCCUUCGUUCCAGCCUGCACUUCAGUGCCAAGUCCUAACUGUUUAUUUGAAGCUCUGACAGUAUCAUGUAAAAAAGGAACUCAGUUCAUUCUCUUUGUCCAAAGCAGUGAAUAAGACCUUAAAAUGGGCCUUCUUGUAUAAAUAUUAUAGUUGGGACAAAGACUUUCUAGUAUGACAAAUCCAGGUGAUAUGACUGUGUAAUUCAUAUAUGGUUUUAGAAAACUCCAAUGAGAUGGCUGAAUAUGAACACAUUUUUCUUGUUGGGGAUGGUUUUAGAGGAUAGCUGUCUUCCAGCUGAAUGCUGGGGUGUGCAGCUUUUUGUGGGUGUUCUGAGGAUUUACUUUUUAGUGAUAUGUGGGCAGGUGUGACACAUGCUUAGGGACCUGAAGGCCUAGCUCUCUGACAUUGGGAAGCGUUUGCGUAGUCAGUGUGAAAGGUCUGACUCUUCCAUGCAGUAGGUGAAUGCUGGUGAAAGAAGGUCCUUCUCAAAGUGUACGAUGAAUUACACUAACAGAAUUAAGCAGGCCAACCUGCCAGCACGAUGGAAUUUUCCAAUUUUCGGUUCCCCCAGCAGCCUGACAAGCACCAACCUAUAUUAGAUGGUUUCUACUACACACAGCACAUUUCAGAAGAUGACAGCCAGUAGAGAUGCUGAAGAGAAGCUCCUGGACACGUAUCUUCUCCAGCCUUUCCAUCUGGGGGAGCAGGCCCCUGAGCUUAUCCAGGCGAUGUGCAUCCUGCUUUAUAUCCAUAUACCAAUCUUGCAAAUACUUUACAAGCAUGUAUAUUGUUUGGAUUGAGUCAAAGUGUUCAGCACAUUCCUGACCUGGGUUCUGCUCUGCAGAGCAGAUGGGUUACUAAAUUUGCACCGGAGGUUUUUGUGCAAGUUAGUGACACAUUUUAAAGUUUUGCUCUGCUUGCUCUGAAGAAUAAAGUGGCUGUCAAAGUAGGUCUGAGGACAAAUAGGUUGAAAGUGAGUCAGCUGCUAUUAUCAGCACAACUGCACAGAGAGGCGGUUUCAUUUUGUACAUGAAAGGCUAGAGGUGAGGGACUGCCACAAGAGCAGCCAGUAGGACACUGCAAGAAGUUAGAAAGGCAGAGCUUGCCUCCUUUUUUUCUGCUACUGUAUUACUGCCUAUUUAAUUACAUUCUCUUAAGCUGUUCUACUUUGCAAAUUUUACCUCUCUGUAAAUUUCUUCAGAAAUUUACUAUUAUGCUAAAGGAACCUUAAAACAAGUCAUGUUGAUUGACAUUUUAAACCUGCCUUUCAUUCUAGAAGCAUGCAAAUGCUAUGCUGACACCUGUCCAAUUCCACCGACAGCUUCCUCACGCUAGCAUCUUGGACAAAUCGGUGAUGACGGUAGUUAACACACAAAAAUAGAAACUGCAAUUUGGAUGUUUGAAUUGGUCUUUUCCCUGAUUGUUCUGUCUUUCACUUUGAUUGACUUCAGAACAGAAUGUCAAGAUAACGACAGUGAAACUGCCAUAGUGUUAUUUGUUUAUUUAUAGCAGUUCCUUUUGUUCAUGCUGCUAAAUAAAGUGGUGAUAAAUAUUCA